CGCUCGUCAACGUUUACGGUGAAGAGCAUCACCACGGCUUACGCGCAUCGUCCGCUGAGUACUGAACGUGACGCUUCACACCUGGGUUACAUUCGCAGUGCUCACAGACGCUUGUUGCAUUUGGUCUCUGCGUAAUCCGGACACCGCACACGACACAGCCUGUUGCCCAGACUUGACCCAGGCGCAAGAUAGCGGAUAAAUCAUGUCGGACUCGGAGCUGCUUUCCCGCAUCCUGCAAGAGGUGGUCGACCUCAAGUCGAAGAAUGCCCAACUCGAAUCCAAGAUCGACAGCUUGGCCGCCGCAGCCGCGGCAGGCGGUGGCAGCAUCCCCGUCGGUUCGCCGUCCUCUCAUGCCCGUCGAGGCAGCCAUUCGUCCGGCUUGACCCCCAUCUUGCACGGCGUCACCGGAACCUCCGGGACGGUAGGCGGCGCACAACACCCCGUUGAACCAUCAUCAGCCUUGCUCAAAUCGCCACCUCCACAGCCACUGGGACCCUCGGCUCUAACUAGCAGCUCGUCUGCCCCGUCCAAAGAGCUGCCCGCAGCGACCACGAACUCGAGCGCUGCUACUGCUUCUGCUUUUGGUGUGGAAAGUGGCGAAGUCGCCGGGAAAUCCGCUAAGCGUAAUGCCGACAUUGAGGCGUACUUCGCCAACACUCGGGUCAUCUUGACGUCUUAUCCCAACCAGGUUGGUAUCGACCCCUACCCGCUCAGCUUCGGGCACCCGGACCCUCAAGUACGUGGGCCUGUCCUUGCCAGCCGCCACCCCGGCUCGAUCAAGUUGCGCAACGCCAUUGGCACUUACGGUGGAUCGUACAUGGUUUACCGAGCGCUGGCUUCCGCCAUCGGAGACCUCUCCCCCGACUUUCGACCUGACUUUACCAACACUGAGCCGCCCUUUGACAUUCCACAGCAGCCCGAGUGGGGCGACCCGUACAAGAUCUGCACGCUUGAUCCAUUCGGGCACAUACCACAGGUGUUGUUCAAGAAGCAGAUCGAUGAGGGACUCGAUGUCAGGCCUACCAUCGCGGCGACCAAGGCGCACAUCAAAAUGCCGGAACUCGAUGACGCACUCAAGCUUGGCCGGCUCUCAAUCGACGGCAAGAUCGUGAUCGCGAGCACGCACCUGCCCGGCAUGGACCCACGCCAAGACCCCGGCUGCGAGGUUAACACUUCCAAAAUCUCCGUCGAGCCGGUUUGGUACCUACCCGGCGUGGCCCACCGUCUCGGCAUCUCUGAAGGCACUCUCCGGCGUGCACUGUUCGAAGAGACAGGUGGGAUGUACCCCGAGCUUCUCACACGCCACGAUCUGUCCGUCUUUCUGCCACCGAUCACCGGCGCCACGGUGUACAUCUUUGGUGAUCCGGCGUACCUUUCCGACCCGACUAAGGAGCUCACGGCGCGCGUGCACGACGAGUGUAACGGCUCGGAUGUCUUUGGCUCUGACAUUUGCACAUGCCGCCCGUACCUCCUCAUGGGUAUCGAAGAAGCUGUGAAAUGCGCGCAACGCGGUGGUGUCGGUCUCAUCGUUUACUUCCGCAAGGAAGGCCGUGCGCUCGGCGAGACGAUCAAGUACCAGGUGUACAAUGCGCGCAAGCGCGGCAACGACACGGCCUCCGAAUACUUUAAUCGCACGAGCAGGAUCGCCGGCGUCAAGGAUAGUCGCAUGCAGCCGCUCAUGAGCGACAUUCUCGUCUGGCUGUGUGGAACAAAGCGCAAGCUCGACCGCCUCAUCUCCAUGUCGGAUAUGAAGUACGACGCCAUCACAGCAGCCGGUAUUCAAGUGGGCACACGUUACGAGAUCCCGGAGGAUCGGCUCCCAGCUGAUUCGCGCGUCGAGAUUGAUGCUAAGAUACAAGCCGGGUACUACAGCACGCGCGCAGUAACGGAGGAAGAUUUGAAGAAGGUUGUUGGUCGCGGUUGGGAGAAUGUGCAUCAAUAAAGUGGUGUGCAUGGAACGAUGGCGAUCUAAGGGAUCGGUUGUAUGACGAAC